AAAAGUGGUUCGUCUCCUCCGUUCAUCGGGUGUAAUAAUUCAGAUCUCCCACUUUUCUGCAGCAUAAGAAAAGAAAAGGGUCAUCGCUUUUUGAUUCUUACAAUGAACCGUACAAUCACAGAGGAGGAGGAAUUGCUCUCUUCUCCUUACCUCAUCCUCUUCAAAUCUCUCUCACUCAUUCCCUUCUUUCACUACCUCUUCUUCCUCUUCCUCGCAACCUUACUCUUCCUCUACCUGUUCCUCGAGAUUCAUUUUCCAAGAUCAGAUCCUGUUUCUCUCACCUUCAAUCCCAACUCCGACUUGUGCAAGUUUAUCGUCUCCAACUGUCACCUCCUUCACGGACGCUACUUUCCUACCUUCUGGCUUUCAAGCCCUCAUCUUCAGACAGCCUUUCUUAGCCUUUUCGGACACUCACCUCCUUUCUCCUAUAAACGAAAUCUCUUCCAAGCAACAGAUGGUGGCACUAUUGCUUUGGACUGGUUAAUGCAUUCUGAUGUUGUGGAAGGCAUAUCUCAGGUGGUCAACGGCUCAACUCCAGGAAAUGAUAGGACUCCAAUUGCUAUUGUGGUUCCAGGCCUCACUAGUGAUUCUACUGCUGCUUACAUUAAACAUCUUGCCUUUAGGCUGGCAAAGGAAGGAUGGAAUGUUGUUGUCAGCAACCACCGUGGUCUUGGAGGCAUUUCUUUAACUUCUGACUGCGUCUACAAUGCUGGAUGGACAGAAGAUCUUCGGAAAGUAAUUGAUCACAUACAUUCUCAGUUCCCAGAGGCUCCUCUCUUUGCUGUUGGAACAAGCAUCGGUGCCAACGUCCUGGUAAAAUAUCUUGGGGAAGAUGGCACGGAUACGCCUCUUGUUGGAGCGACUGCUGUGUGCUCUCCUUGGGAUCUUUUGAUAUGUGAUCGAUUCAUCAACCGCAAACUCGUGCAAAAACUCUAUGACAGAGUGCUUACUGUUGGUCUACAAGGCUAUGCACAGCUGCACCAAUCCGUCAUUUCUCGUAUUGCCGAUUGGGAAGGCAUUAAGAUGUCACGUUCAGUUCGAGAGUUUGACAACUACGCCACCAGACUUGUAGCCAAAUUCGAGACAACUGAUUCAUACUAUAGACAUUCGAGCAGUGCGCAGUUUGUGGGAAAUGUCGCUGUUCCACUCCUUUGUAUCAGUGCUUUGGAUGAUCCAGUUUGUACAAAGGAAGCUAUUCCUUGGGAUGAAUGUAGGGGAAACAAAAACAUAGUUCUGGCAACCACAACUCAUGGUGGUCAUCUUGCUUAUUAUGAAGGAAUUACAGCAACAAGCAUGUGGUGGGUUAGGGCUGUGCAAGAAUAUUUUGAAGUGCUUCUCUCCAGCCCCUAUGCAGACCGAAAACAAAAGACGCAGAUCAUCCCGGAUCCAUUGGAAUCUUCUUCGAUUGAUCAGGGACCAUAUAUUGUGGAAACAGGAGAAGAUGGGAUGGUUGCUGCUGCUGCAGCAGCAAGUGAAGUGGAGACAACAAGAGCUAAUGCAGAAGAAGAGAAUAAAGCUCCAAUUGAAAAUACAAGAUAUCAUCUACACAGAGACAACAAUCGUCAGGGUUAUAACAGUUUAAUCGGUCCUUUGAUGAAUAGAGUGGAUCAGCUUUCAAGAUACAGCAGGAAAUCCGUAUGGCUAUUAGCUUACAUUGCUAUAGUCACGACAUGGCCACUUCUAGGACCUGCGCUUUUGUUAUCAAUCAAGAAGAGAUUCAGAAGGCUCAUAAAAAAUUAGAAUCAUAAGAAAAUCCAUGACUGUAUUUCAUUGUAAUCUACUUGAUACAUAAGGCUGCAAUAAGCCAUUUGUCAUUAAUACUAUACAGAACUCUUACAGGACUUUCUACCUCAGAAGUAAAAACUUCAUUAUCA